GGCCGGGGCGGGGCCUGGCGGGCCGGGGCGGGGCCGUACGCGCUCGCUACAGCCGGCGGAGGUCCGCUCAGCCCCGCGACCCAGCGGGAUCCGGCAGCGGCGGCUAAGCGAAGGGGGUUGUCCAGAAGCCACAAGCCAUGGCCGUGGGGAACAUCAACGAGCUGCCUGAGAACAUCCUGCUGGAGGUGUUCACGCACGUGCCCGCCCGCCAGCUGCUCCUGCGCUGCCGCCUGGUCUGCAGCCUCUGGCGAGACCUCAUCGACCUGGUGACCCUCUGGAAGCGCAAGUGCCUGCGUGAGGGCUUCAUCACCGAGGACGGGGACCAGCCUGUGGCCGACUGGAAGAUCUUCUACUUCCUACGCAGCCUCCACAGGAAUCUCCUACACAAUCCAUGUGCUGAAGAGGGCUUUGAAUUCUGGAGCCUGGAUGUGAAUGGAGGCGAUGAGUGGAAGGUGGAGAACCUCUCUGGAGACCAGAGGAAGGAAUUCCCCAAUGACCAGGUCAAGAAAUACUUCGUGACUUCUUAUUACACCUGCCUCAAGUCCCAGGUGGUGGACCUCAAGGCCGAAGGGUAUUGGGAGGAGCUGAUGGACACCACACGGCCGGACAUCGAGGUCAAGGACUGGUUCGCAGCCAGGCCAGACUGCGGGUCCAAGUACCAGCUGUGUGUUCAGCUCCUGUCGUCAGCACAUGCGCCGCUGGGGACCUUCCAGCCAGACCCGGCAACAAUCCAGCAGAAGAGCGAUGCCAAGUGGAGGGAGGUCUCUCACACGUUCUCCAACUACCCACCCGGCGUCCGCUACAUCUGGUUUCAGCACGGCGGCGUGGACACUCACUACUGGGCCGGCUGGUACGGCCCGAGGGUCACCAACAGCAGCAUCACCAUCGGGCCCCCACUGCCUUGACGCCCCCCAAGCCCUGAUCCGCCAAACCCCGACUGGUAAACUGCUCUCAGAGAAGGGCUGGGUUAGGGAAGGGGAGGGGUGCGGGCUCCCCCAGACCUCCUGGUUCAUCCUUGCCCCUCAGUUGCCUAUUUUGUGGAGACUCACACGCCAUGGGGGCCAGCGCUCUGCCCCAGGUCUCAGCCUGAGUGAUGGCAGGGGAGGCCUGCGUGGGCUCCUUUAAGAGAUGGGGCCCCUGAGGUUGGGGAGGUACAGGAUGUUCUCCCAGGUUCCUCCAAGAGUGGUCUCCGAGCUCAGAUGCCAAAUCUAGAUGCGUGUCUCCUACCUUCCCCUCCUGGGCCCUUUCUCCCUGUCUACACUGGGGGCCCUCAGAGCAAGGACAGUCAAGACAUCUGGCAAGCCUGUGCCUGGCCUAGAGCGUGCAGAUGCUGGGAGGUGACCAUAUAGCUCAGACAGAUCUGGAAGCAGAAGAGGAGCUGUGCUGGCCUGUCUUCUGCCCCUCCCAAGCUCUUUGCUCUGCCCGCCAAGCUCAGGCCUGGCCUGAGAUGGGCAGGCCCAAGAUGGGUUGGGGUCCAGGCCAGGUCUGGACUGACCUCAUUAUCGAUGAAGCCCGAGAAGUCAGAAGUCAGAUGGGUAUCAGGUGGACGCAGGAUCUCCAGAAGACCCCUGGAGUCCUGUGCAUGGUAACCCAGGGCAGGUGGGGGGCAGGAUUAGACCCUGAUUCUAAGAGCCGGGACGUGUAAGCCCUGGAUGAGAUGAGUGGGAGGUUUUCAAGGACCACCCAUCCACCUCCAUGCCCAGAUCACCUUCCCUGUGGCUUGGAAAACAUCCCAAGCCCCUAUCCCACCCCUGGAACUGCCGUUCCCAGAACACCCCCCCCCCCCACCCCACCCCGCCUGCCCAACCUCACUCCUUCCUCUCCCUCCUGCUGGAAGGACAGCUGUGCUGUGAUUCUGCUCCUGCUGCAUGCAGCUAAAUAAAAGGUGUUCCCAGCCCAA